AUGUUACUAUCUGCAGCUGAGUCGGUGCAUCCAACACGUUACCCGAAAGGAACCACAAACGUGACACUCACACCCACACCAUCACGCUCACCUUCAAGUAAGCUUUUACGGGACCGAGUACGCCGCCAAUAAUCAUUGUAUCCAAGAUACUGGAGAUUAACGUAUGAAAAAAUUUGGCUGUUGCAACGGA